AUGAGAACCCGUCACGCUAGUGCGGAUCCAGAUAUCCAGAUCGAACAUUCCAAGACCAGGCAGUUUCGAUGGUUCAAUGUCAUGAUGAUUAUAGCGAUGAGCUUAGGCUCUCUCGGAUACGGAUGCAGCGCGUCUAUCAUGGGUACUACUAUGGCACAACCUUACUUUAUUUCCUAUUUCGAACUCGAUACCCGACGAAAUGGUACCCCUCUAAAGGCGGCAACAACUGGACUCUACAUGGCCGGUGGCUUCAUAGGAUGUUUCCUCAUCACUCCGAUCGCGGACAAAUGGGGUAGGAAGAUGGGUAUCGCACUGGCUUCCGCAACUGUGGCCAUUAGUAGUGCUCUCCUCUGCGGCUCCGUGCACUUUGGGAUGUUCAUGGCAAUGAGAUUUAUCAAUGGCGUUGGUGCUUUCUGCCUCCUAUUGGUGAUUCCAGUCUGGAUGGCCGAAGUCGCCCCGCCUUCUGUCCGUGGUGCUAUGGGAGUCUCCCACGGUAUUUCCUUGAGCAUUGGCUACUGUAUCUCGCAGUGGCUUGGAUACGGCUUCCUUCACGUCAAAAGCAACCUCGCAUGGAGGAUUCCACUACUCGUCCAAUGCUUCCCGCUGAUCGCCCUCUUGUUGAUGAUAUACUGGAUCCCCGAAAGCCCUCGUUAUCUGCUCAUGAAGGAUCGCCCAGAGGACGCGGCAACCGUGCUACACAAGCUGCACAAUGAAGAAGAAGCUACCAUCGAACUGGAGCAGAUCCGCAACCAGAUCGCCAUUGAUAGCAGACUAGACAGCAGUUGGCGGCGUAUCGCUACUAAACCGUCGUAUAGGAAACGGGCAAUUAUUGCCGUCAUCCUGGCGUCCUCCACUCAAAUGGUUGGCGCGCUUGUUAUCAACAACUACGGCCCCUCCAUCUAUGGAGGUCUUCACUACGAUAAAGAGUCGCAGUUCAUUUUUCAUGCCUGCAGCACUAUGGCUGGAACUGUCAUGAGCCCAUUCGCUGUGUGGAUCGUAGAUCGUGUCCCUCGCAACAAGCUCAUGGCGAUCAGUGAGGCAAACAAUGUGCAUGGCUUGCGUGCCGCCGUCUCUAUGAUGUUCAUCUUCUUCGCCGCCUUCAACGGGGGCGUGGACUGCACCUUGUGGCCCUACCUUGGCGAGAUAUUCCCCACGCAUUUGCGUGUUAAAGGAAUGGCACUUGCUGUCGCUUCUAUCACGCUCACGGACGUGGUGUGGUUGCAAGCCGCCCCCACGGCCCUGGAGAACAUUGGCUGGAAGUUUUAUAUGUGUUUUAUUUGCCCGGCAAUCCUCAUGUCCCUCUGGAUCUAUUUUUUUGCUCCGGACACCUGGGGUGUGCCGCUUGAGGAAGUCGCAGCUAUGUUUGGCGACCGAGAUGAACUGUACUAUGCCGAUGAACACGUUGAAAAAAAUGAUGAGGAAACAGAGAAGGAGGCAGUGUUGGUGGAACAUCUUCACUCUACUGUCUAG